GGACCGGGACACUCCCGGGCCGGACACCAUGUCCACCAAGGUGCCCAUCUACUUGAAGCGGGGCAGCCGCAAGGGCAAGAAGGAGAAGCUGCGGGACCUGCUGUCCUCGGACAUGAUCAGCCCCCCGCUGGGGGACUUCCGCCACACCAUCCACAUCGGCAGCGGCGGCGACCGCGACAUGUUCGGAGACAUCUCCUUCCUGCAGGGCAAGCUGCACCUGCUGCCCGGGACGGCGGCCGACGGGGCGGACGAGGACGCCCUGGACCUGCCCUUCCAGUUCACGCGCACGGCCACGCUGUGUGCCCGCGAGCUGCCCGCAGGGCCGUCGCCGCUGCUCAAGAAUGCCAUCUCCCUCCCCGUCAUCGGGGGGCCCCAGGCCCUCACCCUGCCCCCGACGCAGGCGCCCCCGAAGCCCCCGCGCCUGCACCUGGAGACCCCGCAGCCCUCGCCGCAGGAGGCGGCCAGCAUGGACAUCUGGAGAACCCCGGAGGCCGGCCAGGCCCACAACGGGCUGACCCCCGACUCGGGGUCCGAGGAGCCCUUCCUGUCCCACGCCAGCUCCCUGCUCUCCCUGCACGUGGAUCUGGGCCCCUCCAUCCUGGAUGAUGUCCUGCAGAUCAUGGACCAGGACCUGGACCACACGCAGCUCCCCACCUAGGACCCAGGGCGGGCCAGGCGGGUGCCCAGCUGAGCUGAACUUCUGCCUUUUCUCACCUGGAGCCUUUGUUGCACCCUCCUCCGCCAGCAGGGGGCGCCUUCGGGCUUCCCCCAGUGACUGACCCCCCCCCCCCCAGGACGUUUGCUCAAGUCAAUGACAAGGACCACCUGGGCCGCGGACAUCAACAGUCCCUUCCUUCCCUCAGACCCUUGGAUGUAAGCUCUGCUCAAAGGCCCCCUUUUCAUUCCCCUUCAGCCUGGUUGGAUGCCCUGAUUUUGGGGGGAGGGGAGAGGCGGGCACAGACUCAGUCUCUCCGCCUCAGCCCCGACCAGGGCCUCUGGCUGCAAUAAAACUCGCUGCUGGUACUUGU